AUGUUGGAUCAAAAAGAUUUCGAGGUUGUUUCUCCUCCAAGCGACGGCAUCUCUUGUUUAGAUUUCUCACCUCAAGCCGAUUUUCUUUCAGUUUCGUCUUGGGACAAUCAAGUUCGUAUCUAUGAAGUUCAACCUUCAGGUGCAACUGUACCAAAAGCAGCUUACAGUCAUGAAGCCCCCGCAUUAUGUGUUAGUUGGAGCAAAGACGGUACAAAAGUCGUAUCAGGUGGCGCAGAUAAAGCAGGCAGAAUGUACGAUAUUUCAACUGGGCAAUCAACACAAAUUGCGCAACACGAUGAUACGAUCAAAAGUAUAAAAUUUCUGGAUCAAGGUAAUAUUGUUGCUACAGGUAGCUGGGAUAAGACGAUUCGAUAUUGGGAUACUCGCUCCCCUACACCUGUGGGUACAGUUCAGUUACCAGAACGUUGUUAUUCAUUGGAUUCCAAGGGGCCUUUAAUGGUUGUUGGCACCGCUGAGAAACAUCUCUGUAUAUUUGAUUUGAACAAUCCUACAGUCAUUUUCAAAAAUAUCGCAUCACCAUUAAAAUGGCAAACGCGUGUCGUUUCUUGUUUCUCUGAUAGCAAAGGUUUUGCUGUUGGUUCGAUUGAAGGAAGAGUUGGUAUUCAAUAUGUCGAGGACAGAGAUUCAUCUAAAAACUUUUCGUUCAAGUGUCAUCGAGAUGAAGCAAAGAAUGUAUAUGCAGUAAAUGAUAUUAGCUUUCAUCCCGUACACGGAACAUUUUCUACAGCAGGCGGUGAUGGUACUGUCAGUUUUUGGGAUAAGGACUCUAAGCAAAGAUUAAAGCCUUUCCCUAAGGCAAAUGGACAAAUUGCUUGUACAACCUUCAACAGAAAUGGCAGUAUAUAUGCAUAUGCUAUUAGUUACGACUGGUCAAAGGGUUAUAAACAAGCAUUACCUUCUAAUACCAAUAAGAUCUACUUACACGCUGUCAAAGAUGAAGAGAUCAAACCUCGUACGACCAAGAAGCGAUAA